AUGACGAAAAUCCAGCAGGUACAUAUCUCGGAAGAAUCUUUUUACUGGCCCUCGCUCAUUCCCUUUAAGGCUUUCUGCGGCUCGUACGAUGAACGCGUUGCGAAAAACCACAGCACUGUUGGGCGGCGCUUCGCCUCCACGUUUGGUGUAGUCUUCGACGUCGAUGAUGUGCUGUUGCACGGCAAGACUUUAAUCCCAGGCGCUCGAGAGGUGCUGCUAGAACUGGAGGCGACCAACACCCCGUUCGCCGUCAUGACAAACGGCGGUGGAUACCGGAAGGACAAUCAGGCGCGGCAGAUCGAGGGCUCCGGCGUGUUUGUCCCCACCGAACCCAUGAGAAUGAGCCACACGCCGAUGCACGAACUGGCACACAAACACCGGGUACUGGCCGUCGGUAAGGACUGCGUCGAGAUCCGCAAAGUCAUGGCCAACUACGGCUUUAACUACGUGGGCACUGUAGACCAAUUACACCGCUAUCUCCACAACGUACCUGAACGUCAAGGCACAGGACCCUUUGAACCACGACAGACGCUUCGACUCUGGCGAACAGUCAAAGUACAGCUGAACCGCGACUUGCUCUCACUUAUUGUUACUGUGGACGUCCUGAUCGACUCGCGGUGUCAACCAAGGCAAUCCAAGCAGAAAAUAUUCUAG